AUGGCGGCGGCGGCGGCGGCGGCGGCGACGGCCGAGCGGGGCGGCGGGAGCUGCGUGCUGUGCUGCGGGGACCUGGAGGCCACCGCGCUGGGCCGCUGCGACCACCCGGUGUGCUACCGCUGCUCCACCAAGAUGCGGGUGCUGUGCGAGCAGCGCUACUGCGCCGUGUGCCGCGAGGAGCUGCGCCAGGUCGUCUUUGGGAAGAAGCUCCCUGCCUUUGCCACAAUUCCCAUCCACCAGCUUCAGCAUGAGAAGAAAUAUGACAUCUACUUUGCAGAUGGAAAGGUGUUCGCAUUGUACAGGCAGCUGCUGCAGCAUGAAUGCCCCCAGUGCCCUCAGCUGCCACCCUUCGGCCUCUUUGGGGACCUGGAGCAGCACAUGCGGAAGCAGCAUGAGCUUUUCUGCUGCAAGCUGUGCCUCAAGCACCUCAAGAUCUUUACCUAUGAACGCAAGUGGUACUCGCGAAAGGACUUGGCUCGUCAUCGCAUGCAGGGCGACCCUGAUGACACAUCCCACCGGGGACACCCCCUGUGCAAGUUCUGUGACGAGCGUUACCUAGACAAUGACGAGCUGCUCAAGCACCUGCGCCGGGAUCACUAUUUCUGUCACUUUUGUGACUCCGAUGGGGCUCAGGACUACUAUAGUGACUACGCAUACCUGCGUGAGCACUUCCGGGAGAAGCACUUCCUGUGCGAGGAGGGCCGCUGCAGCACCGAGCAGUUCACCCACGCCUUCCGCACCGAGAUUGACCUCAAGGCGCACAAGACGGCCUGCCACAGCCGCAGCCGCGCCGAGGCACGCCAGAACCGCCAGAUCGACCUUCAGUUUAGCUUUGUGCCCCGGCACUCACGCCGGAGUGAGGGAGUCGUCGGUGGUGAAGACUAUGAGGAGGUGGACAGGUACAACCGCCAGGGCCGGGCUGGCCGGGCCAGCGGGCGUGGAGCCCAGCAGAGCCGCCGGGGAAGCUGGAGGUACAAGAGGGAAGAAGAGGACCGAGAAGUGGCAGCUGCCAUCAGAGCUUCCGUGGCUGCCCAACAGCAGGAAGAGACCCGCAGGACCGAAGACCGCGAGGAGGGUGGCAGGCCCAAGAAAGAGGAAACAGCAGCCCGGGGACCUGAGGAACUCCGUGGUCCCCGGCGCCUGCCUCGGACUCAGGGCGAAGGCUCAGGCCCAAAGGAAGUAUUGACCAAUGGCCCUCUAAGCCAAGAAGCCUUCCCAGCCACAGGAUCUGUGGCUGCCACCCCAAGCACCCUCCUGCCGCCCACUCCAAAGCUCAAGGAUGAAGACUUUCCCAGUCUCUGUGCCUCCACUUCUUCCUGCUGCACCACAGCCGCCACCGGCUCUGUGGGGCUGGCACUAGCCUAUCCUGGUCCCACCAAGGGCAAGAACACCUUCCAGGACGAGGACUUCCCUGCCCUCGUUUCCUCAGCACCCAAGCCCACUGCACCCUCCAGCCUCAUCUCAGCCUGGAACAGCAGCUGCAGCAAGAAGGGGGCCCCACCCACCUCAGGGGCCCUGGCUGCAGCGGGGGGCAGUCAGCCCUCCCGGAAGGCAGGGAAGGGGAAUAGGAGUAGCCGGAAGGGUGGCCCACCACCAGUGGAUGAAGAGGAGGGUGGAGGACUCACAGUGCAGGAGCUACGGAGUGUGCCCACCACCGUGGCCGUCUCUUCCCUGCUGGGGCCAGUCUCCACCCAGAGCUCCACCAAAGGCAACAAGAAGAAGAAGGUGGGCUCUGAGAAGCCUGGGGCCACAUCAUCCCCACUACCGCCCUCUGAUUGCACCCAAAAGACCCCUGGGGCUGAUCAGGGCCCUGAAGCCUCUACGAGCAAAGCUGAGGUGCCAGCAGCCAUCAUUGUCAAUGGACACUCAGAGGGGCCAGCUCUGGCACGGAGCACCCCUAAGGAGCCCCCGGGACUUCCAAGGCCCCUGGGACCCCUCCCUUGUCCCACACCCCAAGAAGACUUCCCAGCACUUGGAGGCCCCUGCCCACCCAGGAUGCCUCCUCCCCCAGGUUUCAACACCGUGGUGCUCCUGAAGGGAACACCGCCCCCGCCUCCACCCGGCCUGGUGCCUCCUGUCAGCAAGCCACCCCCUGGCUUCUCCAGCUUCCUGCCCAGUUCCCAACCAGCCUGUGUCCCCAGCUCCACUACCACCAUGAAAACACCUCGACUGCCACCCACACCAAGAGCUUACUUGGUCCCUGAGAACUUCCGGGAAAGGAACCUCCAGCUCAUCCAGUCCAUCAAGGACUUCCUGCAGAGUGACGAGGCUCGCUUCAGCAGAUUUAAAAGCCAAUCUGGGGAGUUCAGACAGGGCAUGAUCUCCGCAGCCCAGUACUACAAGAGCUGCUGGGACCUGCUUGGGGAGAACUUCCAGAAGAUCUUCAGUGAGCUGCUGGUGCUCUUGCCGGACACGGCCAAGCAGCAGGAGCUGCUGUCCGCACACACUGACUUCCGAGGUCGAGAGAAAGCUCCUGGUGCCAAGUCGAAGAAGAAAAAGAAUGUGUGGCAGGCCAGUACUCAGCAAGCAGGCCUGGACUGCUGUGUGUGCCCCACCUGCCAGCAGGUGCUGGCACACGAUGAUGUCAGCAGCCACCAAGCACUGCACGCUGCCCGGGACGAUGACUUUCCCUCCCUUCAAGCCAUUGCCAGGAUCAUCACGUAGCUCCUGCUGUCGGGGGCAGGAGCUGCCACGCCCUCCUCUCUCCUUCCAUCCUCUGUCCAGCUGCAAGGCAGCUUGGUAGGGCCCACAGAGGCCAAAGCUCAGACUUCCUGGUUGGCCAGGCCUGCCAGGGCGUCCAGGAAGGUCUAUCCUGUGCCAUCAGCACAUGGUCACACAAGCUGUGUCCCCUGCUCAGCAGCAGGUUGGUCUUGCUUUGAGUUCUUGUGCUUUUGGAACGUGCCAGGGAAGGGAAGGGCUGGGAUGCUGGGACCUGAGCCCACAGUCACAGCUAGAGGCCACAGAAAGUGGGCCCUCCUGAGUCCGGAGUCUGCGGCCCCCAGAACUGAAAAGCUAUAGGUCCACUGGUGCUGGAGUGAGAUGUCAAGUGUGUUGUGUAAACAAUUGGCUGUUUCUUAAUUCCAGAAUGUUCCAGAUUAAAAAGACACAAAAUUGUGCUA